AAGUCAAUAUACGCCCAUAAUAGUUGUAUUUAAUAUGAUAUAUUUGCUCUCAAUAAAGUACAGUAUGUACGCAGUGACUGGGAAGAGGGGUGAGCAUUAUUUUAUUUCAGGAGGUUACGGAAGCGCACAGGCGAAUCUACAACGCAAAGCAUUGUGGGUAACUCCGCCAGGAAGUGACGCCAGCAAAAGAACCCUCGCGUCUUUUUUACCUGUGGACGAGGACUGGUGCCUGCAGUGAAGUACCAAGAGAUAUGACUCAAUGGUCUAACAAAAGCCCACCGGAGUGGCAAGACUACAUCAACAAAGAAGUAAAAGUCUCGGCUGAUGAGAAGAAAGAUUACCAGGGCUGGCUUGUAACAGUGGACCCAGUUUCUGCAAGUAUUGUGCUGGCUAACUUCCAAGAAGAGCAGAAAACUUUAAUUCGGGUGAUCAUGGGGCAUGCGGUGCAAGAAGUACAAGUGGUGAAAGAAGCAGAUGAGGAGACCAGAGACAGACUUGCUCACCUCUUUACCCCCAGAGAAACGACAAGCUCCUACAGUAAAGAAGAUUUGGAAAAAAAGAAGCUAAGUUUAAAGAGUUGGCUGGAGCAAAACAACAUCCCUGUAACUGUACAAGGGGAAUCCCACUCAAUGUUGUGCGUGGCUGGUGUGUUAACAAUCGACCCACCUUAUGGGCCAGAGAACUGCAGUAGUGCAAAUGAGAUCAUUUUGUCCCGUGUCCAAGGACUUCUAAAAGGGUUUCUUAAUAACCAAGGAGAAACCAGGCUUGAUUCACACUAGCCUCCCCAGCAAAGACUUAUGUUCUGAAAAUAUUCCUCCAUUUUUACAUUUGUUCCAUGCACACAGUUAAAACAGGUGUGGUCAAUUUUUUGUAUGUGUUUCAUUAAAGCAUUUUGUUGAAAGAAAGGAAUUAAAUGGCAACAAAAAUCUGA